AUGAAUUUUACACUAGAUAUUAAUUCUCACAAAAAAUUUUUUCAAAAAAAAACAAAAAGUGGUAGGAAAAAAUCAAAUGAUGAUCAUGAAAUCAGUAGAAAGAAAUAUCAAAAUCGCAGAGCUCAAAGGGAAUAUUUGAAACGAAAGAAUGAUUAUUUAUCAUCAUUAGAAGAAAUAAUUUUGAAAUUGAGAAAAGAAAAUUUUGAUUUAAAAGAAGUAAUUAAUAUUCUUAAUAAAGAAAAAGAAGAGAUGGAAAAUAAUUUUACAAAAGAGAUUGAAGAUCUUAAAGGAAAUAUUCAACUAAAGAUAAAAAAAGAAAUAAUCGAUGAUGAAAUAAAGAAUUUCCAAGAAACUGAUCUUAUCAUAAAAGAUGAAAAAAUUGAAGAUGAUAAUAGUCAAAUAUAUACAAAUUCUGAUUUUAGUAAUUUGUUUUAUCAUAAUAGUCUGCUUAAUUUCAAUAAUAAUGAAAGUUAUAAUUUUACAUCUUUAUGGAAUGAUGCUAUGCUUAAUGAUAUGGAU